UUUUUUUUUUAAUUUUUUUUUAGAAAAAUAAAAUAAAAUAAAUUAAGCAAUGAACAAGAAUAUGUCUGUUUAUGUCUCAGGCUAUACAACUGAUAAAAGUAUCGGUAUAUAUCAAUACAACUUUGAUUCAUCAACAGGAGUUUUGACACCUAAAGGCUUAGCAGCAGAGGCUCUUCAUCCUUCCUAUUUUUGCCUUCAUAAAAGUAACCAGCACAUGUAUGUUGUGAAUGAAAUUACUGGAUUUCAAGGUCAAGAAACAGGUUCAGUCUCAAGUUAUACACGAAACAAGGAGACUGGGGAGUUGAGGUUGAUAAACCAACAGCCUUCAGGUGGUGAAGACCCUUGCUACGUUACCUGUGAUGCUACUGGAAAUUAUAUCUUGGUUGCUAAUUACACAAGUGGCACAACUUCUGUCUUCCCCAUCAUUUCCCCAGGUUCCCCAGAAUCUUCUAUAGGCGAGGCAGUUUCGAUAUCUAAUCAUGCUGAUUUAUACCAGCCCUCUGGAGGUGUCCCUGCUCGUCAAGAAGGACCUCAUGUUCAUUCCAUCGAUCUUGACCCUAUUACUCAACACUAUGCAUUCGCUAACGACCUAGGUUGUGAUGUCCUGGCUACUUACAAAUUUGAUCGUCAACAUACUGGGAAAUUAACUCUUCAUUCGACCUUUGAAUUUCCUAAGGGCUCAGGCCCUCGUCAUCUCAAGUUUGCACCUAACCAUAAUAACUUUUGUUAUCUCGUGACUGAGCUCUCUAAUGAUGUCUAUAUGCUUGAGUUUGAUUCUUAUGAGGGUAAAUUUCGAAAGAUACAACAAAUCUACGCAUUACCUGAAGGUGAGAAGGAAAACCUAGGCUCUGAGAUUGACAUCACGCCCAACGGUAAAUUUUUGUACGUAUCUAUGCGAGGUUAUGAUCUUAUUACGAUCUUUGAGAUUGAUGAAAGAACAGGUAAACUUUCUCUAGUCGGUCAUCAAGAUACAGGUGGUAAACAUCCUCGUCAUUUUACAAUUGAUCCUACAGGAUCCUAUUUAUUAGUUGGAAAUAAGGAUUCUGAUAACAUUGUUGUUUUCAAGAUAAAUCAAAAAACAGGCACAUUAACACAGGUAUCAAGUAUUAAACAUGUUCAACCUACUUGUAUACAAUUUUGGGAAUAA